AUGGACGCCCCAACCACAGAAUUGCCCCAAGGGGUUUUCCCGAACCCCGGCACCAUGAGCUAUGGGGAUGAGCUGACCCCUGAAGCUCUGAGUGUGCCCAGCGGCUUUGAUGACCUGAUCACCUCCACCACCUCUCAGGUGCUGCAGGCCAUUUCUAAUGCCGCCUCUGCAGUCGGCCGAGCCGGCCGCAACAGCGUGCUCUCCAUGAUGCCAGACCACAUGCCAAACACCGGUGACCUGGCCGACACGUCGGGUCCCCUAGCUUCAGAAGUGGUGUCUCAGGAUGAGCAGGUGCAGUUCUGGCUAGUGGUAGGGUACACCAUAGUGGUCUUUGCUGCCAUCAUAGGCAACUGGGUCUUAAACCAUGUGAUUAUGAAGUACAAGAGGGUGCACACCGCCACGGGCCUCUUCGUUGUCAAUAUUUCCGUGACCAACAUGAUGCUGGCUCUUCUCAGCUCCCCCUUCACCAUGGUGCGCUAUCUGUGUAAUUCCUUGGUGUUUGGGAAGAUGACAUGCCACCUCAGUCGCUUUGCCCAGUAUUCUUGUGCCUAUGUAACUGUGAUGAGCAUGGCUGCUAUUUCCCUGGACCGACAUCGGGUGAUGCUAUAUCCCCUCAAGUCCCGGAUUACUCCAAUGCAAGGCAAUGUUUGCAUCAUUAUCAUCUGGAUUGUGAGCACUUGUGCUGCUUUGCCACAUGCUAUUUACCAGAAACUUUACCAGGUGGAAAUUGGAAACAUUACUGAGGAAACUGCCUGCCUCCCCAGUUUCCCAUAUACUUCAAAAUCCACAUGGAAAUACCUUGACCUGAGCACCUUUUUGCUCUUCUUCAUUUUGCCAUUGAUGGUGCUGGUGGUUGUCUAUGGUCAUGUGGCCAAGAAGUUGUGGAUCCAUAAUGCUGUCGAUGACAUUAAUAUCCAUACCUACAUCUGCCAGCGUGGGAAGAAGAAACAGACACUGAAGAUGCUGAUGACAGUGGUGCUUGUCUACACAAUCAGCUGGCUACCCCUCAACCUUUACCUGGUGCUGCUAUCUAGUGAAUCCAUCUCAAGCCACAAUGGUCUGUACUUUUUCCUCCACUGGCUAGCAAUUAGCAGCUCCUGCUACAACCCCUACAUCUACUGCUGGCUCAGCGAUAGCUUCAGGAUUGAAGUUCAGAAGGUCAUCAUGGAAAUCCAGAAGAUGCUGCUGGAUGGGAUCAGUCGCCUAAGAGGGGAGCACCGCCGGUUGAGCUCUGUCUCACCCACCCACCGUCCUGCCUGGGUGGAUCCCAAUCCUGGAGUGCCCAAAUUCCCACGAUUCAAAGAUUUUGAUGAGCUACCCAGUCCUCCUCCCUCCCCAGCAGUGGAAGUCUCCUUUCUCUAUCCAUCAGUGCCUAGAGUUUAA